CCAGCCAAGCAUUCAUUCAGUGCCAGCGGAGCUCACUACAACCGAUAGUUUUCUGUCUUCCUACCGGGUCAGUUCAUGGUUCACUUCGAGGUCUUCGUAUUCUGCUCCACUUUUACACUCUGGACGGUCUUUGUGCCUUUUAGCACGGCAGUACAGACGGACGUUAAAGUUCAGGUGAAUGGGUCCCUUCAGCCAAUCAUGGCCGCCCCGGGCGACGACGUCAUCCUGCCGUGCCAGUUAGAGCCCAGAGAGGACGUGCGGGACAAGACGGUGGAGUGGUCCAAGCCCGACCUGAAGCCGGACCCGUCGGACCGGCUGAGCCGCGUCGGCUACGUGCACCUCUACCGGGACAAACGGGAAGUCCCGGACAUGAAGAUCCCGGCGUACGCCCAGAGGACGGCGCUGUUCACGGACGCCCUGAAGGAGGGGAACAUCUCGCUCAAGAUCGUCAACGUGACGCUCGCAGACACGGGCAGAUACCGAUGCUACGUCCCCAAGCUAGACUGCCACUCGAUCGUCGAGCUCGUCGUCGAGCCACGCUCUGUUGAAACCUGGACGACGGAGACGCCGCUGCAUCCCAAAAUCCUCCAGACUCCAGAUCCAAACGAUGAGACGGCUGUUACAGGUGGCCGUCUCUUCCUGAGCGUACCGGUCCUCGGUGUGUUUGGCUGCGUCUUACUGAUCCUGGGUUUUGGAGUCAGCGUAUAUUCACUCAAACUAAGGGGUCAACACCAAACUGUAAGUCAGGACGACUUGGACGUUUAAGAGAAAGCACCAGCACUACCUUCACUACUUGGUCUGGGCCAACGUUCAGUCGGGAGAGGACGGCCGCGGUAUUUCACCGGACCUUUAACUGGACCUUUAACCGGACCUUUAACCGACCCACGAUGGAAGACCAAAGACAACGAGUUUGUCUCUGUAUCGUAGGGCUCUCCUCACGAUUCACAAACUGGCUUUUUGUGGUUCUGUUGUUGUAACGACGCUGUGUGACCAGAGGUCCGCACUACUGAGCAAGAUUUGGCGUCAACGAGGGGACUCCAGGGUUUGGUGCAUCACGGCGGCGGAUCUCUCGUUGCCGGGUUAACGGCGCCUUCACAUCGGCACAUUAGGAUGCAUUAAAAAAAGUUGACUGUUCCUAUUAGGGGUGUGCAAAAAAAUCUAUUUGAAUAUCGCGAUUCAAGCUGUACCAAUUCAAAAUCGUUGGCUUAUUUUUUUAUUGUAUGUCUACUGCAAUCACAUGGGAAUAGUAACUACAUUUACAUACUGUGAAUCAUUUUUUUUAAAUCGAAAAUCAAUAUCGAAUCGUGACAUUUUCUGAAUCGUGCACCCCUAGUUCCUAUGUGACAAUUUUAUUAAGGCAGUUGAUACGAUAGCUGCUAUGGCUAAGUUGGUUAGCAACAGACAUCGAACUAUUGACAUUAUAU